AUAAGCUCCAAUUUAUUUAGUUUUCUCAGACAUCGAGUAGGUAAUCUCUACAGUAUUAAAGGAAGUAUUUUAUACAAAAGUGUUGUUAGUGUUUUUAUAUCUCUAAAAAUAUUGGGAAUUGGGAUAUGUGAAUUUUAUGAAGAAUGGAGAAAUUGAUCAUACUAUCAGUAUAUGCCUUCAUCACAGCUCAAGCUAAACGAUUACCUUGCUACGCUUGUCUAAACUCAGUGUGCUACAUCCCUUAUGACAAGAUAUUCAGAGACCAAAAGCUAUCCGGCCAGUUAGCGAUAGACAGAACCGCAAACACCAUCUACUAUCAUUACCAGGAACAUGGCAAAGACUUCACCAAAGCAUUCGAUUUGAACAGAGCAAAUUCAACUUUUAUACCUCUUAACUUCACCUUUGCUUUAACAGUUGAUCAAACAACAAGAAAUUUAUAUUUAUCUGCCGAAAAAGGGAUCUAUAAAUACAAUCCUUCAGACAAUACUACGGAAUUAUAUGGACUUAAGGAUAAAACUAUAUGGCAUAUGCAAUACGCGGACAAACUUUAUUACACAGAAUUCAGGCAUAAAGGACUUUUUACUGUGAAUAGUGUAAAUAAGAAAAAAUCCGUAGAGAUACCCGAAUUGAAUAUAUAUCAAAUAGAUGAUUUUAUUGUCGAUAAACGCGGGGAUAUCUACUUUAUGAGUAAUUCUGCAUUAUACGUAUUCAGGAACGGUAGCAACAAAGCUGAACUUUUCCAAGACGAAAUUUAUUUUUUAACAACUGAUAAACAUGGAGAUGCAUACUUUAUCCAACCUUAUACCAGAGGUAUAUAUAAAAUUAAUUAUAGAAACAAAACUUUGAAGGAAGUUGGUGCUUUCAAAAGGGGUUUAGCGUUCAAAGUUGUUUUCGACGGCGAUAACCAUAUAGUUUUCUAUGAGUCCACUAAUAAAAUAUUGUAUUACUUGUCCCCAGUACUAAGUAAAUGUACGGUGACUACUAGAGGAGUUGGUAAGACUCGCAGAAAAUUUGUCAUAAGAAAAUCUAAUAGAAAUAAUGUGAUUCGGUUUUCGCAAACCGGAAUAUUAGAACCGGAUUAUACAAAUAAAACUAGUAAGAUAAUAAAGUCUUCCCGAAAGAAUUCGACUACGACGGCCAAUCUCCAUAGAGAUUAGUCAACUGCGUGGGAUAUACAAUCGGUUAAUAGGUAACAGACAGACAGACAGAUUUUCGCAUUUAUAAUAUUAGUAUUAUUACAGGGUGUAACCAGAACGCUAGCAAAAACGAAGACAGGUGAUAGUAC